UUUUCACGGACCUCGCCUUUGCUCCUCUGUGCUCUGGCCUACAGCUCCCAGAAACCCCCUCGCGUUGUUGUACUCUGUCGUCCACUUCUGCUUGUGUCCAGUCCACUCAUGCCGCCGCUGUGUUGCUGCUAAUGAAGCACCAAAGUAACCCUCGUCUUGGCUGGAGGAGGAUCUGAACAUUCCAUAAAGAAGAUUGUCUCCAAUGGCAGAAGAAUGUACCACUCUGAGCAAAAAUCAAAUGGACAAUACAUCACUGCGACUUCGGAAACACACAACCAUCUUAAAACAAAACCCAGCCACACACUUCAAAACACGAGAUGACACCCUGUCCUCAAAUGGGAUCUCCGGUGGGUGCUCAGACCUGUACAGAGGUCAGACAUCCAGCAAAGUCCUUCUUCCUAUGGUGGCGGGCAUCUCCUUUUCCACACGCAUGUACAAGAUCUUGGAGCCUCCGCACGUGUGCUGGGAUGAGACACACUUUGGCAAAAUGGGAAGCUACUACAUCAACAGGACUUUCUUCUUUGAUGUGCAUCCUCCUCUUGGGAAGAUGUUAAUAGGUCUUGCUGGCUACAUGACUGGAUAUGAUGGUUCGUUUCCAUUUGUGAAACCAGGAGAUCGAUAUGAGCACCACAACUACUGGGGAAUGAGAGGGUUCUGUGCUCUCCUCGGCUCGUUUCUCCCAAUCUUUGCCUACCUCAUUGUGCUGGAACUGUCCCGCUCCCAGACGGCUGCUCUCAUCGCUGCGUCAUUACUAUUAUUUGACACUGGCUGCAUCACUAUCUCUCAGUACAUUUUACUGGACCCUAUCCUCAUGUUUUUCAUUAUGGCAGCUGUGCUAAGUAUGGUCAAGUUUCAUCAGCAGGCACACUGUGCGUUCUCUGCUUCCUGGUGGCUGUGGCUGGUACUCACUGGGGUUAGUCUAGCCGGAGCUUUAGGAGUGAAAUUUGUUGGUCUGUUUGUCAUCACACUGGUGGGGUUUAACACAGUGUCUGACCUGUGGAGACUAUUUGGAGACUUGAAUUUAUCCUUGGUCGACAUCACAAAGCACUUUGCAGCUCGUGUGUUUGGUCUCAUUCUGCUGCCCCUUUUUCUUUACGUUACAAUAUUUGCAGUUCACUUUGUUGUUUUGAAUAAAAGUGGACCCGGGGAUGGUUUCUUCAGCUCAGCUUUUCAGUCCCGUCUCAUUGGGAACAAUCUGCACAACGCAUCUAUGCCUGAAUACUUGGCAUAUGGCUCCACCAUCACUAUCAAAAACCUUCGGAUCGCGGGGGGAUACUUGCACUCUCACUGGCAUUUAUAUCCAGAGGGGGUGGGGGCACGCCAGCAGCAGGUGACGGCGUAUUUACACAAAGACUAUAACAACUUAUGGCUGGUUCAUAAGCAUGAUUACAAUAACACUCGUCGUGAGAAACCUGAUCUGGUUCGUCAUGGUGAUAUUAUUCGCCUUGAGCAUAAAGAAACAACUCGUAGUUUACACUGUCACCUCCAUGAGGCACCUCUAACAAAGAAGCACUUCCAAGUUACAGGCUAUGGCAUGAAUGGCACUGGAGACAGCAAUGACCUGUGGCAGAUCCAGGUCUCAGGGGGGCGCCGUGGGGACCUGGUCAAAGUGCUGCGCAGCAAAAUUCGUCUCCUUCAUCGAGCCACUGGUUGUGUGCUCUAUUCCUCGGGCAAGACACUUCCAAAAUGGGGUUGGGAACAGGUGGAGGUGACAUGUAGUCCAUAUCUGAAGGAGACGCCAAGUUCUCAGUGGAAUAUUGAAGAUCAUGUUAAUUCUAAAUUGCCCAACAUUAGUCUCUCCGUGCUGAAGCCACACUUUCUGGAGAUCUUAAUUGAGUCCCAUAUUGUCAUGUUAAGAGGUAACAGUGGUUUAAAGCCAAAAGACCAUGAAAUGAACUCCAAACCUUGGCACUGGCCCAUCAACUAUCAGGGUUUAAGGUUUUCUGGAGUGAACAAUACAGACUACCGCGUGUACCUGCUGGGAAAUCCUGUGGUCUGGUGGAUUAACCUGGUCAGUUUGGCUCUCUAUCUGCUAAUGGUAGCAGUUGCCUCGGUAACAGUACAAAGAGGCUUUUCACUAGGCUCAAAGAGAAGAGAGCAUCUCUAUGUUCUUAAAAGUGGAGGAGGCCUGCUGCUUUUGGGCUGGGUACUACACUAUGUACCUUUCUAUGCCAUGGGUCGUGUGCUCUACUACCAUCAUUACUUUCCUGCCAUGCUCUUUAGCAGCAUGCUCACAGGAAUCACCUUAGACAUUUGGUUCAAAAGCACAGAUCUACUUUUUCGCACACCUUAUUCAGACUGGCUACAGAGCCUUUGUCAAAUAGUCCUUCUGUUAGGUAUUGUUUACAGUUUUUACCUCUUCCACCCACUCUCCUAUGGCAUGACCGGUCCUCUGGCGCACGACCCAAAGAGUCGGAUGGCUGGUCUGAAAUGGAUGGACUCAUGGGAAUUCUAGUUGGACAUUUGACACGAUACAUUCAGUCUUAGGAUUCAUAGUUCUCGAAGUAUUGCAUUAUUUAAACAGACUUUACUGUAUUGCUACUUUGUUGUAGGGUUUACUUUUAAUGAUACUCCGUGCAAUAGAAAACAAUCAUUUGGGAGAGUUUUUUUGGUACUGUAUUCCAUUAGUUUCCUUCAGUUUUAAAAUAGUUAUCUGAAGUGCCUCAAAUAUGAAAUGAAUAUGAGGGAUGUUUUGUGUGUUUUAAAGUGACAGAACAACUUAAAAUAUUAAUCGUGUCUUAGUGCGGUGACGUGUUAUCAGUGUUUUCAAGUGUUAUUUUCUGUUUGGUUGUGUGUGGGUAAGUGGGGAGUG